CUAGUUAUGUUAUAUUGAACGUAAGAAUGGGCAAAAAGAGUGACUUAAGGGACUUUGAGCGUGGUAUGAUCGUCGGUUCCAGACGCGCCGGAUCCAGUAUCUCACAAACAGCCACACUCUUGGGCUUUUCACGCACGGCAGUGUCUGUGGUUUACCGAGAAUGGCGCGACAAACAAAAAACAUCCAGUCAGCGACAGUCCAGUGGGCGUAAACAGCUCGUUGAUAAGAGGGGUCGAAGGAGAUUGGAAAGAAUCGUGCAAACUAACAAGCGGGCUACAGUUAGACAAAUAACGGCGCAGUACAACAGUGGUGUGCAGAACGGCAUCUCGGAACGCACAACUCGUCGAUCCUUGUCACGGAUGGGCUAUAGCAGCAAACGCCGGGCAAACGAAGAGUGGAAAAACAUCGCCUGUGUAGAUAAGGUGCCACCAACCUCCUGUGCCCAAGAUAGACCUGAGCCUGGUCAUUUCCAAUGGGAGCAAAUGAAUCAUAGUUGGCAGAACAACCAAGGAGAUGGGCAGAGCAUGCACGAGCUAGUACGAGAACUUGUCCUGGACAACUGCAGAUCAAAUGAAGGGAAAAUCAAAGGACUCUCAGAAGAAUUUGUCAAUCUGGAAUUCCUCAGUUUGAUAAACGUUGGCCUAAUCUCAGUCUCCAAACUUCCCAAACUUGGGAAACUGAAAAAGUUGGAACUCAGUGACAACAGAAUCUCUGAUGGCCUUGACGUGUUAGCAGAGAAACUCCCCAACCUCACACAUCUAAAUCUAAGCGGGAACCAACUGAAAGACAUCAGGACAUUGGAACCUUUGAAAAAGCUGGAUGGCCUGAAGUCUCUAGACUUGUUCAACUGUGAGGUGACCAACCUGAACGACUACAGGGAGAGUGUGUUCAAGCUGCUCCCUCAGCUCACCUACCUGGACGGGUACGACGUGGAGGACCGAGAGGCAUCCGACUCGGACGGAGAGGUGGACGAUGACGACGAUGAGGGAGAGGAUGAGGACAUAGAGGAGGAAGACUUUGACGAGGAGGAUGAUGACUAUGAAGAGGAGAGAGUAGUAGUAGUAGGAGAGGAUGAUGAGAUCAGCGGAGAUAAGGAGGAGGAAGAUCUCGGCAUUGAUGAUGAAGUUGACGAAGAUGAAAUCAAGGCUGUCCAAGGAGAGAAGAGAAAGCAAGAGCCUGACAAAGAUGAUUAUGAGCAGAAAACGACAGCCUAUCAAGUUACCAACCCCUUCCCUCUCCACCCUGACACCCACCCUACCUACGCCACGACUCUCUCCCAGCUUUGAGCCC